AUGAUAAGGAUAACAAUACCAAAAAUAAAUAGUUAUUUUUAGUUAUAGGUUGAAGAAGGGACUCUUGUUUCAGAAAUAUUAGAAUUAAUACAAGAUUAAAUAAAGUAAAGUAUAUGAUUGACACAUUAGCACUGAUAAAAAUAUUAAGUAUUGGACUUGUUAUUCUUUUACUUAAUAAAAAGUACUAAAUCAUCAAGAAAUAAUCUAAACUUUUUAGGAUGAAGAACUUUAUGUGUAUUUUGAAUUUAAGAAUAAUUUCUCUGACAUUUAAGAAUAAAAACAAGUGACUUCAAAUUCAGUCUUAUCGACUGAUAGACAUAGUCUUAGAUAAUCAAUAGAUAGACAAGCCUCACAAUAAUCAUUUAAUAUUGACAUGAAAAUAAUUGUUCUAGAUGGCUUAAAACAAGAAAUUGAAAUGGAUGGUGAAACAUCCGUCAAGGAAUUAUUUGAAUUUUUAGCCAAAGAAAAUAACAUGUAAUAAUAUUCUAACUGAAUUAGUGAUCAAAAAAAGAUAUUUAAUUGGUCUUGCUUCUCAGAGACAAGAAAUAAAUAAUUGAACCUUGAAGAAAAAAUUGGAUUCACUAAAGAUGAAAUAUUUCAAAUUAAAACUAAUAAACUCUAACAUACUCAAUCGUCCAAAGAUAUCAAUUCAUAAAAAGCAAUUAUUUUUGAUAAAACUCUAGAAAAUAUAUCUUUAUUUGAGAUUCAAUUAAAUAAGCAAUUCUCAAAAACUAUUACUCUCAUUAUUUUAGUUCAUGACAAUAGCUGUAUCCGAAAAUUAACGGCUAUGUUUGAUAUAUUAGAAAAAAUAGAGAAAAUUGCAGAAGAGGUCCUGAGAUUUUGCUCUCUUACAUAGUUAUUUAUAUAAUUAUUUUAGCCAAUAUGUUUCUGUUGAUAUUUUUAUAAACGAUAAGCAAUUCAACAACCCAGACAAAAGAAGUUAGACAAUUUAAGAAGCCAAUCUAAAUCGAGACUCAAAGAUAAUUGCUAAAAUUAGAUGGAUUGAUUGA